AUGGCGAAGCUGCGAGAGCGCAGGCAGCUCAGCCUGUCCGUCGUGCCGCCGGCGUUGCCACCGCCGUUCACGUACCAGGAACACCCGUUCGGCGGUAUGGACACCACGCCGCCCGGCUCGUCCGGCCCGGUCAUCGAAAGCGUCGCGGAGCUCGAGAAGGUGGGCGUCCUCGGCCACGGCGCGGAUGGAACGGUCUACAGGGCGCGGAGCUCGCGAUCAAGGCGCUGCGCGUGCGCGACGGCGGCGGCGCCGCGCUCCGCGAGGCCGACGUGCACCUACGCGUGGCCGCCGCGGCGCCCGACAACCCGCACGUCGUCCGCCUCCACGGCGUCUUCCCUGGGGCCGCCUGCGGUGACGAGUUCCUGCGCCUCGUCCUCGAGUACGUCGUCAACGGCUCCCUCGGCGACGUGCUCCGGCGGUGGGCCGCCUCCCGGGAGCACGCCAUCGCGGGCGUUGCGCGGUGCGUGCUCCGCGACCUGCGCCACCUGCACCCGGCUCGGCAUCGUGCACGGCGACGUGAAGCCGUCCAACCUCCUCGUCGGCCGCCACGGCGAGGUCAAGAUCGCCGACUUCGGCGCCACCCACCACGUCUCCGCUGCCGGCCGCGCGCACAGCGAGCCGGCCGCCAUGGGGACGUGCGCGUACAUGAGCCCGGAGAGGCUAGACCCCGAAGGUUUCGGCGCGGGCCCUCCGUCGGCCGCUGCCGACUUCUCCAGCGAUGUGUGGGCCCUUGGAGUUGUCCUACUAGAAUGCCACAUGGGCAGAUUCCCGCUUGUGGCGGCCGGGGAGAGGCCGGACUGGGAGGCGCUGGUUGUUGCCGUGUGCUUCGGCGGCGCGCCGGAGGUGCCCGUGGCGGCGACGCCGGAGUUCAGGAGCUUCGUGCGGCGGUGCCUGGAGAAGGACUGGCGGAGGAGGCCCACCGUGGAGGAGCUUCUUGGUCAUCCCUUCGUCUCGGGAAGUCCGGCUUUCUGCGCCACCAAGGAGUGGCUUACCAACUUCGAUGAAGAACUGACAAUCGUGCGGAAAGGAUUCACUUAA